GUACAAUUUUGUGGAUUUAUUUAUUCUGGUAUUUAUAUAUUUAUUGUUUUUGCAGGUUUCGUCCUCCAUAAAAGAUAUGAUUGUAAAAUACAUGAUGAACGUCAUCCUCCACUCCUUCAUUAGUAAAAUCAUAAAUGGGCUUUAUUUCGAUGACGCAUUAGUGAUACUGAAAGCUGAUUGGCUUGAUGGUUAUAUAUGCGGAAAAGAGCCAAUUUAAUCAAUCUCUAGAGUUUAUAAGAUGUCCGAUUUAUCCUCCCUUGUGCCUUUUUACACGCAUUUUGGACAGAAGCAAUGCCUACAUGAUCCAUUAGACUGUAAGUGCCUUAAUUGCGAAGUGGACGCUUUUGCUCAAUUAUGAAUAGGCUAAUGCAGAUUUUGGACACGAAUAUUUCCAAGGAUUUUAAUAAUAAUAAUAACAACAACAAUAACUGUUCAGAAAGAAUAAAAAUGAUAUUUAUUAAAGAAAACGUCCAAAUGAACUUUGAAACAGUCAAUAAAUGUGUUCCGAUUCGACGUGCGCUCACGCGCUCUUCUCAUGUGCACGUGCAUGCAUGCGAUGAGUUGCUAUAGCGACGCGUGUUAUGAAUUCUGACUGAAUAUAUACACUCGAACCGAUCACUGUCUGUUGGUUGAGAGACGAGGCGAAUUUACAGACUUUUGCAGAGUAUUUUCUGUGCGAAUCUUGUGACUUGGAAGCUGUUGGAGGAUUUCUGAGAGGAGACUUUUAUUCUAGAAGACAUCGCAGGAUAUAUCCUUUUUAUAAAAAGUUACAUUUUUGAAAGAGUUCCUAUUAUUUUUGAGGAUACUUUUAUUUCAUUGUUCUUCUCUUAGUUUAGAAGGAGUUUGUUUUUAUUUCUUUUUUUUUUUUAUUAAUUUUUGUUUUGUUUUAUUUAUUUUUUUCUGUGGAGGAGUAUUUCUGAGGAGAGUUGUAUUUUAUUGUAUUGCAUUUUGUAUUGUAUUUUGUAUAGUUUUUAUUGCAGAUUGCAGGAAGAUGGCUCACAUGAUGGGUGAAAGAGGAGGUCAGGCUGUCAGGUCCGCCGACAGCUUCGAUGGAUGGCUGUGCCCUCCGCUGCCAGGUCAAGUUCCUGUCGAGCCAAAGGAGACGUUACGUGGCCUAACUGCCCAGGGUGCCAUGGAGGCUUCUCCUGUGAGCGAGAGCUCAACAGAAAAACCUACAGAACGCAGGAAGAGGAAACAAAUUCGUUCUUUCCUCAACAGGCCGUGGAAGGCCGUGGAAGAUCUGGAGCCAGAGUCUGAUCCCGAGCCACAGUCACCUGCUCCAGAUCUGGAGCCAGAGUCUGAUCCCGAGCCACCGUCACCUGCUCCAGAUCUGGAGCCAGAGCCUGAUCCCGAGCCACCGUCACCUGCUCCAGAUCACUCCGGCGUCAAGCCAACUAAUGAAAAACCUACAGAACGCAGGAAGAGGAAAAGAAUUCGUUCUUUCCUCAACAGGCCGUGGAAGGCGAUGAAGAGUCCUUUCCGGUGCUGUUGCCCCUGUAGUGAUGUGGAUGUUGUGGAGCCUUUUGUCCCUCCACCAGAUCUGGAGCCAGAGUCUGAUCCCGAGCCGCCGUCACCUGCUCCAGAUCUGGAGCCAGAGUCUGAUCCCGAGCCACCGUCACCUGCUCCAGAUCACUCCGGCGUCAAGCCAAUUAAUGAAAAACCUACAGAACGCAGGAAGAGGAAAAGAAUUCGUUCUUUCCUCAACAGGCUGUGGAAGGCGAUGAAGAGUCCUUUCCGGUGCUGUUGCCCCUGUAGUGAUGUGGAUGUUGUGGAGCCUUUUGUCCCUCCACCAGAUCUGGAGCCAGAGCCUGAUCCCGAGCCACAGUCACCUGCUCCAGAUCUGGAGCCAGAGCCUGAUCCCGAGCCACAGUCACCUGCUCCAGAUCUGGAGCCAGAGUCUGAUCCCGAGCCUGAUCCCGAGCCACAGUCACCUGCUCCAGAUCUGGAGCCAGAGUCUGAUCCCGAGCCGCCGUCACCUGCUCCAGAUCACUCCGGCGUCAAGCCAAUUAAUGAAAAACCUACAGAACGCAGGAAGAGGAAAAGAAUUCGUUCUUUCCUCAACAGGCCGUGGAAGGCGAUGAAGAGUCCUUUCCGGUGCUGUUGCCCCUGUAGUGAUGUGGAUGUUGUGGAGCCUUUUGUCCCUCCACCAGAUCUGGAGCCAGAGUCUGAUCCCGAGCCGCCGUCACCUGCUCCAGAUCUGGAGCCAGAGUCUGAUCCCGAGCCACCGUCACCUGCUCCAGAUCACUCCGGCGUCAAGCCAAUUAAUGAAAAACCUACAGAACGCAGGAAGAGGAAAAGAAUUCGUUCUUUCCUCAACAGGCUGUGGAAGGCGAUGAAGAGUCCUUUCCGGUGCUGUUGCCCCUGUAGUGAUGUGGAUGUUGUGGAGCCUUUUGUCCCUCCACCAGAUCUGGAGCCAGAGCCUGAUCCCGAGCCACAGUCACCUGCUCCAGAUCUGGAGCCAGAGCCUGAUCCCGAGCCACAGUCACCUGCUCCAGAUCUGGAGCCAGAGUCUGAUCCCGAGCCUGAUCCCGAGCCACAGUCACCUGCUCCAGAUCUGGAGCCAGAGUCUGAUCCCGAGCCGCCGUCACCUGCUCCAGAUCACUCCGGCGUCAAGCCAAUUAAUGAGUCCUUUGAGUCUCUGUAUAACGUGGGAGCGAUGCUUGGAUCCGGAGGAUUUGGCAGGGUGUACGAGGGAACGCGCAAAUUUGAUGGCAAAAAGGUUGCCAUCAAGCAGAUGCUCAAGAUUGACAACGAUCGUUAUCUUCAUAUUCCUGGGCACCCCAAACCUCUCGUUACCGAAGUGGCGCUGCUGCUGAUGAUGAGGCGAGAACCCAUAUGCCCCUACGUCAUACAUCUAUACGAGUGGUUUGAACAUCCUCAAACGUUCACUCUCGUUAUGGAGUACCCGGAACCCUGCGAGAGCCUGCAUGACUUCAUCGCCCGUAACCCUCGACUGUGUGAACCAGCCGCACAGCUCAUCGUGCUACAGGCUAUGAUGGCGCUACUACACUGCCUCGAGCGUGGUGUUUUUCACCAUGACAUCCAUGCUGAGAAUUUCCUGUGGAACAAAGACACGUUUCGUCUCAAGCUGAUAGACUUUGGCUGCGGUCAGCUAUUUAGUAGUGAUGGCUACGAGAGCAAAAUAUACAUCGGAGCACCGCUUUACUGCCCACCUGAAGUCCUGACCGAACCUCGCUUCCACGCCGUCCCAACAAAUGUCUGGGCCCUAGGAGUCUUGUUGUAUAAGAUGGUGAACGGAUGUCUUCCUUUUCGCAGUAGAAGAGAAAUCACACAGGCCAAAAUUACAUUUCAUAACUCCACAUUAUCCGAAGAAUGUGCAGAUCUGAUUAGCCAGUGCCUAGCCCGGGAUCCCACUAAACGGCCGACGUUAGAGCAGAUGUUUCAGCAUGAAUGGAUUACAAGUGAUCUAGAUUGGGGAAGUUCAGGAGAUUCAGUCUGUCUGUGAUUUCAGGAAAUAACAUACUUGCUGUCCUUGGUGGAAGACUUGACCCGAAGCCUGAAGUCCAACCCCAACCUGACAGGGAACUCGGAGCCCGUCCACGUCUGAGCGAGAACACGAGAGACUGCGAGACUGGAACCAAAUCAUCAAGCAUCAUCACAGCCACAUUUGCUUUGUUUUAAAAUGAAUUUUUGCUUUGUUUUUUAAAAAGUCAAGACACCUCAUCUUUAUUUAUAUAUAGCGCCUCGUAUAUGACCGAUCUGUACAUAUGUAUAUAUCAUUUUUGAAUUAAAGAAAUGUUUUUUUUUUAAACAGUCUCGGCCUAGGAGGAACCUUUGAAGUGAAAAGGCAAAGACCUAUUUUUGUGCUUCCCAAAAUAAAACUAAAUAAAAAUGUAAAUAAAACUCUA